AUGUCCGACAAAGAAGGCGGCGCUCCUCCUACUGAGCACUUGAACAUCAAGGUGACCGAUAACAACAACGAAGUUUUCUUCAAGAUCAAGCGUACAACGCAACUGAAGAAGCUUAUGGAUGCCUUCUGCGACCGUCAAGGAAAGCAAAUCUCUACUGUUCGGUUCCUUUUUGACGGCACCCGGGUUCGCCCUGAAGAUUCGCCCGAGACUCUUGAUAUGGCUGAUGGAGAUACCCUGGAGGUUCACCAGGAGCAGAUCGGAGGCUGCUAG